AUGCCCGUCCGUAUUCCCAGAGCCAACACGACUGAGCUCGCCACGUUCGGUGUAGCUGGUGUCGCAGGUUUUGCCCCAUUCUAUUUCAUGCUCCCCGGUGCCGAAGAACGCCUAGCAUCACAGACUGCCCGAUGGGCGCCCCGAUGGGAACGUAACGUCUCAUAUUUCGCCUCUCCCGCCCAAAGAAUCGCUCAGCGUGUAGAACCCCGCGUUGAACGGACCGUGAAGAGGAUCGACAACCGACUACCCCUAGAAAAGGUAGCUAAGAACGUCGACCGACGGAUCAAGUACGGCAUCGACAAGAUGGACAAGAUGAGCAAUCACGUCGCUAAAUAG